UAGAAAUCCAAGCCCUUGUCAAACCUAAGCUCACAUUCUUCUCCUUUCUCCACCAGUCUACUCUCAGCUCUCUCUCUUCAUCAUGUCUGAAGAUUUCACAGAUUUCUACUACCGGCCGCCGUUUCAAGAUGAUCGGCCGCGCACCACCACCGCCUUCACGUACAACGAUCUCUCGAGCACCUUCUCGGCCGAUCAUUCCCACAACCAUCUGCAAAUGUUCGAUCCUUUUGUUGGAUCCAACGAUCACAGCCCAUUCUCCGCUGCCUUCGCCUUGUCGCCCGUCCCCGUAGAGGAUCAGCGGGCUCCGGCUGCCAGAGGAGCCGGCGAGGCCACGCCAGCCACGCCGAACUCCUCGAUUUCGUCUUCCUCGGCCGAAGCAGCUGCGGCCGAGGAAGAUUCGAAUAAGGGUAACAAGGAAGCGAAGGAAACCCUUGAAGAUGCAGACGAUGAUGGCUCAAAGAAAGAGUCGAAGGCGAAGAAGAAAGGGGAGAAGAAGCAAAGGCAGCCACGAUUUGCUUUCAUGACCAAGAGCGAAGUGGAUCAUCUAGAAGAUGGGUAUAGAUGGAGAAAAUAUGGACAGAAGGCAGUCAAAAAUAGCCCAUAUCCAAGAAGUUACUACCGGUGCACAACACAAAAAUGUCCCGUGAAGAAGCGCGUGGAGAGGUCGUACGAGGACCCUUCGAUCGUCAUCACGACGUACGAAGGGCAGCACAACCACCAUGUGCCUGCAACCCUCCGCGGAAAUGCGGCCGCGAUGUUCGCCCCUUCAUUGCUAGCUCCGCCGAUGAUCCCAUCAGAAGGCCAGGGAUUCGCUCAAGAACUCUUGCUGCAGAUGCCUCACCUCUACGGCGGCGGCGGCGGCACGAGCAACAUGUUUCAUCAGCAGAACAUUAGCAGCCAGCAACAGCAGUUCCACCAGUUUGUUGACUAUGGACUUCUGCAGGAUAUAAUCCCUUCUGCUUUCCCUAAAGUGGAGCCAUGAGAGAGAGUCAGAGAUCUUGAAAGUUUAUUUAUUUAUUUAUAUGCUGAUAUUUAGUUAUUUUGCUGACUGAUCGCUUGUCUGGACAUAGACAUGGCCUAGCUAAUGUAACAUUAUCUCUCUUCUUCAUUUUCUCACUCUCAUCUCUCCAAUUCUAUCCCAACGAUGGUGUUGUAUCUAUAGCCACAUAUAUAUAAUGUAUUAGUUUUGAUGUGCA